AUGCUGCAAGGCGAAUCUCCUCUCCACGCGACUAGUCCAACCCUAGCCGCCGCGGCUGCACAACAAGAACCUUCAGAAGCCAAGCGUGGACCCGCAGAAGAACAAGAAGGACCUCAAGAAACAAAAAAGGAACCUUCACCACCCGAGCAGGAAGGGUCAAUCCGUUCCUUUCCCAAAGUUUCGAUAAAAGUCGAAGAGCCCCUGAAAGCGGAAGACUGCGUAGUAGCUCAACAUCCGAGGGGGGAAAUUGGGGAUGCAUCAAACGAAGCCUUGAGAGCAGAAAAAGCUGUGAUGAAGGCUGUGGCCGAAGCAUCGACCGAGUCUUUGAAAAACACGAUACACCCCCAAGUGGAAGCGUUAUGGGAUGCGGUAAAGUGGAUGGAAGACCGUAUGGAGGCGAUCGACGCGGAGAGAAGAGGGGAGCUAGAGGACGCCUCUCGUACUGCGGCUCAAAACACCGCAAAGGUGGAGGUCGCGAAAAUGGAGCGAGAGCGAAUCAAGCUUGCCCUGGAGGAUAGACCUGUCAGGUCGGAGUUCGAAGCGCUCAACGACUUGCACGAGGGCCGGCUACGGACGACGGAGACCGAGCUUCGUCGCCUAAUUGCAGAGUUGUCAAAUCGCUUGCAGGAAAGCGAUUCUUCAGAGGACUCGCAAGUGGGUUAUCGAAAAAUGUCCACGCCGACGGAUCCUUCACUGUGGAUGUCUCCAAGAUCGGCGAGAAGGACUCCAAGAUCGGGGAGAGGACGACGAUCAAUCCUGAUGCAGAGAGUCAGAGACAAGCGAGAGUCGGGAUUCCAAAAGAAGAUCGACCAAGCCAUGUCGAUAUCGAAGAACGGAGAAAUGGAGAUCUCAGCUGCCAUAGCCAGCAUACGCGCUGAACUCGCACAACUGUUGCUUCGAAUGGAGGAAGGAGAGCUGCAAAAGGACCGGUUCGUUCGCGAGGUAGACGAUAGGGUGUGCGAGGGCGGGCAGGAGGUGGAGAUCAGUCUUUCUCGCAUGAAGGACGAACUUCUCGAGGAACUGGCGUCGCAUCAGAUGGAAACCGAAAAGUUGUCGAUGCAGGUCGAAAAGGCAGUGACACCUGAAAUUCUCAACGAGGCACUCCGGGGAAGCGACACUAUCCGUGAUGUUGCGACGAAGGCCUUCUCGUUGGAGGAGUCGGUGUCGAGCUUGUUGGCAAGCCUCAAAAACACCGAAAAGAAGCUGGUACAGGCGAACGAGACGAGCUCGCAGGGUAUCAGCGAGGCGGAGCGGCGAAUGUCGGCGCGGAUCCAGACCGUUGCCAACGCACAGACGGCCGUUCACGAACAGCUGGAGAACAAAAUGAUCAAGCUGAAGGACAACACGGCCGACAAAGAUUCCUUGCAGGAGAUGCGGGAUGAACUCGCCCUGAGGUUGACGACGCUCGAAAACGUAACCACCGCCGGAAAACAGGAAGUGAUCGACCUGCUAACGUCGGAGGUGGAGACAAUCUCGUACAGGGUGCUAGAGGUGGAGAACUUGGCGGAGGCCGUGAGGACAGACCUGUCGCCAGAGAUAGCCACGCUCGAAGAGGGCGUUGAAAGCGUGCAUGGUAUCCUCAAGAGAGCACUGGAGGACCAUCAGCGUAUUCUCGACACCCAGGACGCGAAGGUGGCAACGGCUGUUCGGGAGCAGCAACAGCGUAGAGAGGAAUCGUCGAGGCGGGUGGAAAGGGCCAACCUCAGCCUCACCUUGCUCGUCAAAAAGCUAGAACGCAGCCUUUUCGUGCUGUCCUCGAGAGACUUGUUCUGGGAGGAAGUGGGCACGAAGUUGAAAGCGCACGCUGAGGCGUUCGCAGAUGCGUCUUGCAGGGUCGAGGCCACCAGCGAAGAACAGGACCGCUUUGUGCUCACGGUCGAGCUUCAGCAAUAUAUCGCCGGCAACACUCAGCGCGUGGCCAAGCUUAUCUGCCAAAAGGCAGACUUCGAGGUUAUCCAGAAGCUCACCGCAUCCACAAACAUCGAAAAGGGGGCCCAGGACUGGGACAGACGCGUGCAGAGUAUGCGAGGUAGUUUCUUGGAGCAUUUCGUGGCCAAUGCAAGACGGUACUUGGACAGGAAGUACCCGUCGCACGGACCGUUCGGCGCCCGAAACCGGGACCGUUUUUUUGUCAAAUUGGAGCAAGGGCUCAAGGUAAACUCUUCUGUUCCGUUUACUCUUCUUCACGAAGUAUAA